AGGAUAGUUUGGAUUCAAAAAACAGAAUUUUUAAAGGAGCAAAGGAAUAUAGAGCAUUGGGUAGGGUUUGAACUUUGAACGGGUCAUAGUGAAUUGGUGAUCGAGCAGAAGAGGUUGGCGUUCCCAAUUCUGUGGCCAUGGAUUCUCUACUAGCAAACUACGCUUCUUCAGACGAAGAAGAUCAACAAGAGCCGCAGAGACUUACACCGCCCAAAACGACGUCGUCUUCUACCCUUUUCUCUUCUCUUCCUACGCCCAAAUCAUCUUCAUCUUCAUCUUCUUCUUCUCUCUUCCAAUCUCUUCCCCAACCCAAACAACAUUCAUCUACCACUUGGUCCAAUUCCAGCGAAACCGUUUCCCUCCCUCACCCUAAAUCCCAAAUUGACGAACCACAACCUAAAAGGGUCGUGCAAUUCAAGCCCCCAAUCAUCCCUUUGCCAAACCCUAACGAACUCGACGAAGACGAUGACGAAGAACAAGAGGAACAAAAUAGAAGAAGAAAAUUGGAGUCUUCCACUCAAACCUCAUCGGUGAAAUCGUUCUUGUCCAGCAUUCCCGCGCCCAAAUACACUGCCACUCUCGGGGUUCAAGCGAGUUCUGGUUCAGGCCGGAGAUCCAUUAUUGAAACAGAAGCGCCGGCGUCGGCGCCAGCGCCAGCGCCAAAUUCCAGUGGUUCAAGCGAUGUUCCCGUUGAUCAAAGUGCAGGGAAUUACGAGAAUUACCAAUAUGAUACUGACCAGUAUGCUGGUUAUUAUGGCAAUUAUGGUUCGGGUAUUGAGCCAGAGGCUGGAGUUGCUGAUUAUGGGAAUAAUGGUGAUGCCUAUGCAAGUUAUGGUGGCUAUGGGGAUCAUGGAAAUAAUUGGGGUGAUGGGUUGGCGGCAACGGCACCGGAAGUGUCUGGGGUUAGUGAGAGUGUGAUGAGGUUUACCGGUAAGAGAGGGAGGCAUGAGGUUCCCGCGGAAGUGAUUGAGGUGAAGCAAGAUGAGUUGAUUAAGAAUAGGCCAAGAGAGGAUCAAGUUAAGCUAACUGGGAUAGCUUUUGGACCCGCUUAUCAGCCUGUUUCGGCAAAGGGGAAGCCUUCAAAGCUGCACAAAAGAAAGCAUCAAAUUGGUUCAUUGUACUUCGAUAUGAAACAAAAUGAAACUAAACUUGCUGAGCGGCGUGCCAAGGGCAUGCUUACCAAAGCUGAAACACAAGCAAAAUAUGGAUGGUGAUUUGAGACGAUGAUCUUGUAUCUAAUUCCAUUGAAACGUGAAUGAUAAAGUGGAAGUUUUCAUAUUUAGCUGUUACCCUGUGUUUCACUGUUCUGUCAAAAGAUGUAUACGUUUGCUCCGUUUUCGGUGCAAAUGAUGUAUUUCUAUCGUAAUCGACAGAGGAGUUUUAGACAGUACAGAUUUUUCUCUUUAUGAUGAAUAAAAUCAUAUUCCUUUUUU